AUGAGAAUUGAGGAGGUUCGUAGCACAUCAAAGACUCAGAGGAUAGCAGCUCAUACACACAUUAAGGGUCUUGGGUUAGAUGAAACCGGCACUGCUCUAUCAAAUGCUUGUGGGCUUGUUGGUCAGGAAUGCGCGCGUGAAGCUGCUGGAAUUGUGGUUGAGAUGAUCAGAUCAAAGAAAAUGGCCGGGCGUGCAGUUUUAAUGGCUGGGCCUCCAGGUACUGGAAAGACUGCAAUUGCUUUGGCCAUCGCCCAGGAUCUUGGUGGUAAAGUCCCAUUUUGCCCAAUGGUUGGAAGUGAGGUUUACUCGUCUGAAAUUAAGAAGACGGAGGUUCUGAUGGAGAACUUCAGACGAGCGAUAGGCUUGCGCAUAAAAGAGAUCAAAGAGGUUUACGAAGGAGAAGUGACCGAAUUAACUCCUGUAGAAACAGAGAGUCCAACUGGGGGCUUUGGCAAAACCAUCAGUCAUGUUAUCAUCAGUUUACGCACAGCAAAAGGUGUCAAGCAAUUAAAGUUAGACCCAUGCAUUUACGAAAGUCUCCAGAAAGAGCAUGUUGAGGUCGGGGAUGUAAUUUAUAUUGAAGCUAACUCCGGUGCAGUUAAGCGCCAAGGCAGAUGUGAUGUUUAUACUGCUGAAUAUGAUUUGGAAGCUGAUGAGUAUGUUCCACUACCGAAAGGUGAAGUUCAUAAAAAGAAAGAUGUGGUUCAGGACGUCACACUUCAUGAUCUGGACGUUGCGAACGCCCGACCACAAGGGGGACAAGAUAUUGUCUCAAUGAUGGGUCAGCUCAUGAAACCCAAAAAAACGGAAAUUACAGAUAAACUAAGAAAGGAAAUCAACAAGGUUGUUAACAAAUACAUAGAUCAAGGUAUCGCUGAACUCGUUCCCGGUGUAUUGUUUAUUGAUGAAGUACAUAUGUUAGAUAUUGAAUGCUUCACGUAUCUUCAUCGCGCACUUGAAUCAACAAUCGCACCCAUCGUUAUUUUCGCUACCAAUCGGGGAAAAUGUACCAUCAGAGGCACUGAAGAUAUUAUUUCUCCUCAUGGAAUCCCAUUGGACUUACUAGAUCGUGUGAUGAUCAUACGUACACUUCCUUAUUCUUGUGAAGAAGUAAUCCAAAUCCUUCGUAUACGUGCGCAAACUGAAGGCAUAAAGGUAUCCGAACAAGCAUUCACUUGCCUUGCAACUGUCGCUACAGAUACAACUUUGCGGUAUGCUGUUCAACUUUUGACUCCAGCAUGUCGUCUUGCUCAGUUGAGUGGACGAGAUGAAGUUGAUCCUACAGAUAUCGAAGAAGUAAGGUCUCUAUUUCUCAAUGCAAAACAAUCUGCCAAAAUACUUGCAGAACAUGAAAGUCACUAUAUGCGGUGA